AUGCAUAAAUCCGCUGAUCACGACGCUCCUUCAGACCAUGGGAACCCAUCGGAUGAUGCACUUGACCACGAAUCGACAGCCACAUUCAAAUCAUCAUGCAUUCUUUCAGUGCAUGACAGCUCGUCUUCAUCCAACGUGUUGGUCAACGAGAGCAUCUUACCCAGCGGGAUCGCGAUACCGGGAGAUUUGUUGCAAAUCCGAUAUGUGCCAUCAAGUGCUGAUGGCCGAAACAGUCGCGAUGCUGGAAAACUUCGGGGGACCUCAAGUGGUAACUAUGGCAAUACCUACCACUUCUUCGCUCAGUUUGCUACGUCGGAGCAGCUGCAAAAGCUGCCAAACUUACAGAUCUCAAUACCCAAGGCGCUUGCAGACUCGCUCCGAAUGUCCAAGGGCUCGUCAGUCACGCUAUCGAAAGCGGAUGAAGUUACCUCUCGAGCAUCUCACGUAGAAUUGAUCUUUCGAGAUCAAUACCUUGCCAGAGGGGAUAUGUGGCGACUCACCAACAGACUUCUCGCCGGCCAAUGUAUCUACGCUGGGCAGAAAAUCGAGUUCAUGGGUACAAUUAGGGCAGUCAUCAAAGCCAUCUUCGUGGAUGGUGCAAAAGUCACCUCAGCCGUGUUUCAUCCAUCCACCAAACCGAUCUUUCGUAGCGAGUCCGCUCGUUACGUUCUUUUCAUUCAGAUGUCUCGAGAAAUGUGGGAAUUCGACACUACAGGCACGGGCGAAAUCAUGUUUGACAAAGUCGUCAAUGGCUUUCUGCCGGAGCUGUUCAAAAGAUGGAGAGAUAUGCAGGUUAGACAUCUUGUCACCAUUGUCCUUUUCACGAGACUGCAGUACGACAAGAGGCCUCUGACGAAGUCCGCAGAUGGACUUGCCAAGAACGCGCAACAGCCCGAUUUGGACGACGCGCAUUCGAAAGAUUACUACCGUAUUGUAGCUACUGACGUGGCCAGUAUUGAAUCCGCAAACAUCUUGGAACGCCUGAAACAGGAGUUCCAGACCUUUCUACCGGACGUACUGACUAAAGCACCAACAUCAGCCGAUUAUGUACCCUUGGGCUCAGAAGGCCUACGAGCGGCCUCUGUAGAACUACCCGUCGACAUAGUCUCGGGUAGACCUACCGUAGCCUCUCAGGGAAAUAUUCUCGAAGCCAUAAACCUUGCCUCGUCCCAAUUUUCCUCCGAUUACAUUGAUCGGGACCUCAUUAGGACUGGCGUCUCCAUUGUUGUACUCUCUCCAGGACCUGGCCUCUUUGAAGUUGACUACAGAUUACUGAUUCAUACGACAGAGAACCUGACGGAUAACGGCGUUGGGAUCGAUCUUGUCUGCUUGUCACAAAUGCCGUUGCAUUCUGUGCCUCUUUUCAGAUACUCCCAGCCUAGCGAAAAUGACAGUCAGAGAGGCUCCGCGAAUGCAAGCUUUGAGAGCACGCCGACACACAGCUAUUCGAAUACUAUGAGCUUUGGCACCCCCGUAUCGGAUGUGGCCGGCAUAAAAGAGGGCCACAAGACGCGAACAAGCAAGGGACAAUGGCAAUACGGAAUCCCGCAUUGGGUUGAUGUCUCCUACUGGACCACCAUAGCUUCUGAUCCAACCUUCGCAGCAACUGCUCGAUCAAAGCAUCCAAAGUCGCGCGCGAAAUAUGCUUUGUUUCCACUCAAGGAGUUCAAGUCUCGAAUACGGAUGUAUGAGCUACAGAUGAUGGGUAUCACAGAGGACGCUUCCAGCAACAUAUCAAUUCCAUCUCUAUCUAGACCUUCGCAAUCAGUUUCCGCUACUAACGAAGACUCUGCGGUAAGUGGCAAGCCCGCCGAGGAAGAAACUUUGCCAAGGGCACUCUCAUCGUCUAUAAGUCGAGCCGAAGCCAUACAAAGUGCGAUGAAACCAAAUAGGUCGCUUGCGUCAUCUGAAGCUGGUAUCUCUGAGGAUAUUGAAAAUGGAGCAGAAAUUGUUGACUGGAUGGACACUUAUGACAGCCUCGCUUUUCGUGAUCAUCGAAUUAAGCAGAGCCCCCGAGUUCGUACGUCUCCAGUCGAGGUCAGACCGAAGAAGCGUAGUCUUCUAGCUGCAUCCCACAGAGCUCAACAUGUUCUAGGAACCAAGCAUUUGUUGUCAAGUAGUGAUUUCGCCCAGAAUCUUAAAGUCAAAAAUAUUGCCUCAUCGAGCAUACCGAGUCGCAGCGGUGGAAACUCGAGUGUCACUCUAAGCAAUAAAAGGUCUAAAGAGCAGCCGAAUCCUCUAGCUCGCAACAUCAGUUUUGGUCCCCAGGGCUUACGACUUGGCACCCCAUCGGCCGCUGUCGCGAUCGCAAGCGCGGAUGUAGCCGUGGGUCGUGAUAUGAAGGCUAGGCAUGGAAGACAGCAAUCGCACCCUAAAGGCCAUGCACACGGCUCGAAUUCAUUCUCGAGAUCAGAUGUAGUUGAUCGGAAUAGCAAAUUAGAUCAAGUGACAUCAGAAUCUGGAGAUCCUUCAGCAAAUAUGCAUGAGGACACCUCAUCAGGAAUGUCCGACCCGGACACUUCUAGACCAAUACCAAUUCGUAAAGAUACAGGGCAAGUGAAUAGAGAUCGGAGGAGAAGCAUCUCGUCAGAUGAGGAUACCCAGACACCACAGGAUCGAGUCGCAAUCCUCAAAGAUGUACGAGUAAGAAAGUUUAUCAGUCCAGAUGGGGUUGCUAUGAAAUAUGGCCCGGACCUCCCCACACUGUCCCCAAGUACAACUUUGGCUCCGUGGGUGACUGUCCUGAAUCCCUGUAACCCAUCAAAAGCUCUCAUCCUACAUGGAAAUCGUCUUGGCCGGUGGCAUCACAUCUUCCCCCGGCCGCUCAAAGCGUCCCAGAUCAAAUGGAAAUCCCUGUGUAGCCCUGCGGCCGUGCCGCUGACAACCGAAGACUUUCCCACCCCCGACGAAAUGGUAGACGAAUAUAGGGAGAGGACUUAUGUCAUACCCCUACCAGCAGAGAUGGACACCACUGAUCAACCUCGCUCGUUGACUACUGAAUUGGUGGCGUUUCGGCUGUCUCGAGGGUUUCAAGUAGUCGUGGGAGAAGUAAUUGCGUCUAGUGCUCGCAAUGGUGAUACUCCAUCAUCUGUUAAUAUCUUCAAAGAAGACUCACUGGCAUGGGAAGGCUCCAUCAUCUACAUGUCACGAGGAGGUACAAUCCAUCGCCUUACACGAACAAAGCCCGACAGAUUAGAGGUCAAGGUUUUUACGAGGCAUAAUGCUGCCAUUCAGGACGGUGCACAUCUACAUUAUACUCCUCGCAUUCGCUCCAUGCUGGCCGAUGAGUAUGAAGACCAGGCUAUUCUCAUGUCGCCUCAGGAUGGAGGUUUCAAUUGGGAAUACAUUGAUGCUUUCAUAGCCGGUUAUGAGAGGCCUAAGGCAGAGAAGUAUGUCGAGGGAUUACGGCCUUGGCGAGCGCGCUUUGUAUUGAUACCGAUGGAGAAUCCAGCCGAUUCUCGACGCACAAGUAAAUCGAAAGGUCUCACAGAGGAAGAAAUACGGCUUGAAGGCAUCAAGAAACUUACACAGCUAUGGCAGAAAUGUCGGUACGUACUGCCAGAAGACAGGCAAUAUACAAAGACCGCGCGAUUGAAUGACGACGCGAACCCGCUGGAUGUCAGAUAUUUCACCACAAACACCUCAGCUAUCGUGCGCGAGGAACUGGAUAACGCUGCUGGCGAGGACAUGCAUCUUUCACCUGUACAGCUACUCCCCGAAGCUGAGCUUCAUCAGCGGUCUGGGCUCAACACCAAAACUUUGGUUGAAACACUUCAAGGUCCAAAGGGGGUUCGCAUCGUUGACCGCAGGUGGCAUUGGAAGUUGCAUCAUCACUGCCUCAUCGGCUCCGAGCUGACAACGUGGCUUCUAGAAAGUUUCAAAGACAUCAAUAGCCGGGAAGAAGCUUGCGACUUUGGCAACGAGCUCAUGAAAGAUGGGCUGUUCCGACAUGUUGAGAAACGACAUGACUUUCGCGAUGGACACUACUUCUAUCAAAUUGGAGAUGACUACAGAGUCGCUCGGCCCGAAUCAAGAGGUUUCUUCGGUUGGGCUAAAGCGCCUGUUCUUCAGACACCGUUUAAGGAAACCUCAACACAGCAGACGCCGCUUUCUGCGGUCGAAAGCUCUCCUGUCGAAGAGAAGACAAAGUCUGAGAAGAGGCAAGCCAAGGCUUCAGUGAGACAUGGAAGACCAACUGUCGCCUUGGGGAAAUCACUGGUUUACAAUCUCACCCAUAGCCGUCCAAAGACGUCGUACCGAGAGGAGUUGAUGAACUUGCAUUAUGAUCGAUUACAUAACCCUGACGCGUGCUACCAUAUUCGUAUCGAAUGGAUGAACACGACAUCAAAGCUCAUACAAGAUGCAGUCAAUCAUUGGGCGAUGAUCGUUGAAGCGUACGGCCUGCGCCUGAUAGAAGUUCCGAUUGGGGAGGCAUCAUCUAUCAGAAGCAUGCACCCGUUCCGUGCCCCUUACCUUAUCAAUCUUGCUCGAGCGCCACCGGCAAAACUGCCUUCAAAUUACUUCGAGAUCGAAAAGUCGACGGAGAUCAAACGGUCAAAGAGCCAAUUCUACCACCAAGCCAUACUCAAGCGUUUCAAUUACGUCCUUGAUUUUGAAGCUGCCACAGACUUUCCACCCGACGUGGAUGUAAGUUAUUCUUGGGGCAAGCCAGACUAUCGCUAUCCCCAAUACAUCCACAGAUCAGGCCUUCUUAUCGCCCAGAUAGAUGAUGACGGCAGCUUUCUAGUGCUCGCCAAUCGCCUCUACAACAACAAGAGUGCAAGCGCACGGGCCAAGCCUAGUGGUGACCUCUCAGACCAUCAACCCGAGCACAGUCCCCUGUCGCAUCGUAAUAAACCACUACGGACCGGUGAUGGGCUAACGCGACGUGCAUCACCGCAAAGCUCCCCAUUUGUAUCCCCAGCUUUGCGUGCAUCGCUUGACAUUCCAAGCAGCACUACACCAGCGAGUCGGAGUCGGUCAGCCAAUACUACGAAGUCACCUACAGCUCACAAUAGCGUCAGUAGCGCUUCUUCUGUCGUCGAUCCAGAACGACUUACUCGAGAAUUUCAAGACUUCUGCAGUAAUGUUGAAGCCUUGGACGCUUUCUAUGCAGAACAACAAAGCAGAACGACUACACCUGGCUCCACGCCAUUCAUGCAAAGCAGCAGGACGCCUAGCCGCGGCCCACAAACGCCAGUCGAAGAAGGUUAUAUCCCGGAUCUGACAUUACCUGGCAGCCUGAAUGAGAGGGGGGGAUGUUCGAUAGGGAGAGAAAAGCGUCUUCCACAUCUGGAGGCAGUCGGGCCAGGAGUGGUAGCCCAAGAUCUAGAAAGGUGGAAAGAAAAGUUAGCAUUGAGAGGAGUCCGCUGA